UGUCAAUCCACAUUCGAAGUAUAUCAACCCCUUGCGCUUCCAUUUCUUUUCCAUUCCCUUCUUGUACACCUACUAGUAACCUCACAUUCACCUUCAUAAUGGCAUCAACCGCGCAAUCACAGUUCAAAGUACCUGAAAUCACGGUUUUAAAUCGUGUUGUUUCUAUUCCCUUAAUUGCGUCUUCACUUGAACAGAUAAAUUCCAUCCUUGAGAAAAACACGCUCACCCGCUCUCCAUACCACGCAGCUCAAUCAAUCACCAACACCGCCUAUAACUACUCGCAGCCUAUUCAGAUUCGUCUAGCCCCACUCCUCGUCCGUGCGGACGGUAUCGCCAACAAGGGUCUCGAUGCAGUUGAGUCGAGGUACCCUUAUCCGUUCCAGGCCAAGCCCGAGGAAGUGGCCAGUUACGUGCGUGAAACUGCAGGAAAGACAUUUGAGAAUGUCAAAACACCUGCAGUUGGCGUUGCAGAGGGGAUCGACAAGAAAUUUGCACCGGUCGUUGACUACAUCGAGAAAAUCACUGGAAAUAUUUCCAAUGAAUCGGGUGCUUCUUCGCCCUCGUCUACAUCUUCCGACUCUCAAUAUCAGUAUCAGCGUGCGAUCAACGUUUCCAAGCACCUCAAGGACCAUCUCUACGUCUAUUCAUCAGAGCAUCUCAAGCAAGUACAGCAGCAAAGUGUCCUAGUUCAACGCGCGACAGACACCGCUAAUUCUAUCUCUGCUCUCGCCUCCAACCAGUUCAAUAAUGCUCAAAAUGCCUUCUAUGGUGUUGCUCACAAUUUGCUCUCCGAGAUGCAGAAAAUACAGCAUUCUACCGCUCAGCUCCCUCAGACCAUACAGGCUACAUAUCCUGACAUCUCCAAAACCGUCGCAGACUUACACGAUAUCAUCACGAAUCCUUCUCUCCCUGUCCCCGAGAAGCUCAAUCGCGUGGGUAGAGAGGUCAAAGAGCGCGUGUCUCCACUGCUUGAAAAGCUCACUCAGCGGAUAGGCGAGAUCAUUAACGUCCUUGGGUCGAAGGCAGAAGAGGCCAAACACACCGCUGAGGGGAAUGGCAAUGGGCUUUCCUCUGACGCAGAUUCCUGAUGGAUUCAAAAUUUCUCCUUCAUCACGUUCUCUCGUUGUCGUCAUGGCUCAUAGAAGUUUGAAUAGAGUAGAGAUUUCGUUCCUCCAUGCACUAUUGUUCAUAUGCAUUCGUUGUCGUAUUCUUCCGUUCACCUUGUAGUUGUAUUCGAAGCUUUCAUGCUCCCUUUUUCGAUCAGG